AUGGGAGGUGUAAGCAGCACAGUCCACUUCGAGAGGCCUGCUCUUGAACCUAACCGUUCUACAGGACCUCUGGCGCCUCCGGAGAAGAGAGAGGAGGGGCCUAGCUCAGUUUCUGCUUCUUUAGCUAGUGGGAAAAAGCCAUCCAUGAGUCUGUGGCUAGCACAGGACGGCGACAGAACUCUCGACGCCGUCAUUCAUGCGCUCAGGCAGUGGGGAUCUACCAGCGCUCACUUGGCACCUAUAGAAUCUUCGUGCCUUGAGAGCCUCUCAGGUUGUCUACUGCAGCAACACCAGAUGCUUCUUGCGUGGAAAAUGAGCCGUAUAGGGGCCCCAGGAAGGUGUGGCUGCUGUGAGACCCUCCUGCCUUUAGGGUUCCCCCCCAAAGGGGUUACGGGCACUUCGAACAUCACCGAUAAGGGGCUAAGGAGACCCUGCAGUAGCAGCAGCACCACCAGCAUUCGCAGCGACAGCCCUGCGGAAAACGUCAAUUUAACCGGCGGAGGGAAAAGUGGUGGGGAGCGAGGACAGGCUUCAGAAGGGUGGAGGCGUACCAUCGGAGCAAAUAUCCCUCACCCCGACGCAUCCAGUUGCUACUUGAUAAUUCACGCAUAUACUGCAGAGCAGCAGCAGCAAGAGGUAAGUAGUACUCUUGAGGGGCCAACAGAGAGACGACGGAGCCUGAGCCCUCCGCGGGCCAGGGGAACUACGAGAAAUCCUUCUUUACCGGGGGACCCUCAAUGCAACUUCGACGGCGGAAAUUACAACGGCAGGGUUGCUGCAGAGCUGAUGAGUGGGGAUGUGGCGAGUCUUUUAUCUCAAGCGGAAUCACUCAUCGCGCUAGACACCCGCCGCCACAGCGUCUGGCAUGCCGUGCACUGCUGCGCUUGCUGCUCCCCCAUUCAGCAGCAGCGGCGGCAGGUCACGCGUGAUGAUGCACGCAGAAGAAGCGGGAGCAGCGCACAGUGCUACGAAGCUCAUAUUUCCGACUCAAGAAAAGGGGAACAGCUGCAGCCGGAAGAGCAGCAGCCACAGCGGCAGCAGCAGCACCUGUGGGCUGUGUAUUUGUGGGAAGGAGUGGAGGCUCCCCGCUAUAUAUUGGACCACGCUCGACUGCGCACCCUUCGUCUAGUAGACGCUUUCGAGAGCUGUGAGCAGCGGGGUUUACCUAUUUUGCCGGAAGUAUUGCUCCCGUGGGCGUCGUUUGCUGUUCUGCGGCCUGACCGAGAGGGGCCGCGCUGUUGGCCUGUCGUUAGAGCCUGCCCUGUGGGAGACGUCGCGGCGUCCCAGGCAGAGCAGGAGCCCGUGUUUCUGGAUGCUGGGGCUUUGUUGGAGCGCAACGUGCUGCUGCUGAGGCUGCUGCUCAGACCACCAAGGCUGGCUUACAGAACCCCACCGUCUGUCUUACCCUCGCCAGCGGAGCCGGCAGCUGCAUCGGAGUUGGCAGCAGAAACUGGGGAUCGUGCGGAUAAAAUACAAAAUUUUUCUGCGUCCACAGUGGGCGACGAGCGAGCAACGCAGCAACACCAGCAACAGCAACGGGACCGUCCCUCACAGACUGUUCCUGUCGUACCCCCCUUGGCCCUCCCUAGUAAGGGCCUUCCCCAGUUGCAGCAUCAGGAGGCAGGCAACAAACGUGACGGCGAAGGACGUCCUCUCUGUAUUGACAGCGGUGCCCUGAGGCGGGUCGCGCCAGGCAGCAGUGGGCUUCAGCUGCACGCUACGGAUUGUGCAGGCAGCGAUGAUAGCUCGUUCCCAUCUUCUUUCUGUGGUUCCCCUAUCGCUUCUGGCGAAACAUCUCCUUCAGAGUCUCCACCGGCAGAACGGGCGGGACAAGACAUGCAGAGGGGAUCGCAACGCAAUACAGAUGGUGGGCCUCUUCGACAAAGAAACUUCCGCCUGCAGAGUGUCCCCAAGCUAGUAAUUCCAAGGCUUGGAGGAGGUGAGCCUACAGUUUCCCCAGCAGUGGGCGCACCAUCUGGGGAAGUUGGGGGCUCUUUGAGUCCUCCAUCCAGGGCUGUGGGAGGCUCUUCGUCCUCAUUCUUACAACGUACAGAGGGUGUGGCAUCGAAGACAUUUUCGCUUGCGUUUGGGACAUCUUCUGCUGCCUCUCGGGAGACAGCUACUGCUUCACCUUCCCUGAAGCAGCAGCAGCAGCAGGUGCUUCCAGCAGGCGCCCGAUUGUCAGGUGUUUCUGUAGGGUCAGUCAGUGGCCUGCAUCACUCUGGACUCCUCAGCUCCCCCGCUGCCUCUUUUGCUGGGCUGCAGCGGUUGGGGAGCGACGGCAGUAGCGCGGGGUCUUCCAGGGAAGCAUUUGGCUCUAGAAGGAGGCGCAUUGAUGAUGAUGGCAUGGGCCUGUACAGCAGAACUCGUCAGCAGCAGCUAGUUAACUUCAGGCGCGUAAUUAGCGAUGUGUAUGAAGGGCGCUUAUUCGUGUCUGGAGCUGCUGCUGCUUGCGACUUACAGUGUCUGAAGCAAGCGGGCAUAACUCACGUGGUGAACACGAUAGGCGACAUCUGUCCCAAUGUCUUUGCGCCCCUGUUGAUCUACAAAACGUAUUACCUCAAGGAUACGCGGCAGCAGGACAUCAUGUGCGUUUUUUACGACUGCAUCAGAUUUAUUUACGAGGCGAUAGGCGAGAAUACCAAGGGCGUAGCUUCGCCCUUGUCUCCACGAGAAAGCAUACGCGCUAAUAGUGACGCUUCUGGUGCUGCUUCACUUGCCGCUGUUAGCGGUGUUUGUAAUCCCGACGCCAGCAAAAGAAGCAAGAAGCAAAACAGCGAUGAAAGCCGAAGCAGUUUCAGCCACAACAGCAACGGGAGCAAGAAGCCCCACAAGGUGUUGAUACACUGCAAAGAAGGCGUUUCGAGGUCUGCCACUCUUGCUAUCGCAUUUCUGAUGUGGAAACUUCGUCUUCCCUUUGCUGAAGCCUUUGAGCGGUUGCGGAGCCGUCGGGCCAUUUGCAGCCCGAACACAGGCUUCACCUUCCAGCUGCUGCUGCUGCAAAAACGUUUAGGUCUCAAGCCACACCGUGCUGCGUUCUCCUGUCGCAAUCAAGCGCAAUCACGGGACGGACAGGAGGCGCCGAAAACUCCCCCCACACUGAGGAGCAUACCCUCAGAGGGUCCAUCUUCUCCAGGACCAGUAUCCGACAGGCAGUGGACCGCUGGCAAGGGCUUAAAAAGGGCUGGAUCUCCGUUAGAAAGCCGUGCAUCACCAAGGCCUUCUGUGGGCUCAGAAGAGCUUCCACCAGGGGCUCCAGUUUCGCCUGGCCCCCUUUCACCACAUUCUGCACAAGAGCGUUGUUCUCAUUCGCCUAUGGGAGAAGGUUUGUCCUCAGACGCCUCGCAUCUGGAAGUAGAGGAUGCUGUAGUCACACUAAGAGGCCUGGGUCCCCAUUCCCCACGGGUGUGUGGACCACCCAGACCUGGAGGAUACAGCAGCGAAAAUGAGGCAGGAAGUGAGGUGGGCCCACAAAGAGAGAGCCCUUCAUCCUCAGUAGAAGCAGCACUAACGGCGAGAGGGAGGAUCUCCUCCGCUGAGGAGGAUUGCGUUCUCCUGCUGCAUCUUGUGGUGCACUCCGCGCACUCUCCAGAUUUCUUGCUUUGGUCGGAAAUGACGGAGUGGAGACCAGGGGUGGUUCCUGCAAUGUCAGAGAGAGGGGCGUAUAUGCUUAGAGGUAACGGUCAGGGAUGGGUAUGGAUGGAUGCGAGCAAAUGUCUCCGCACAGCAGCGCAGGUGGAAGCAGCAGCAAGCAACUAUCAAGAAAACGUGGCACUUGUUGAAGGCCGAAGCAUCCGCCUUCACUUCAUUGCUGCUGGCUCGGAGCCUGCAGACUUCUGGCUGGCCUUCGGUGUAGGAGCAGAGACCCCACAUCCUCAUCUGGGGGUCCCCAAUGCCCUUUCCGGCUUGGAGCCAAUGGUCCCGGAAAAGUCUGAAGAGCCCUUCCGUUGGCGAGAUUAUUGCGCAUUCGACCUUCCGGGGGACUGGGCAGAAGGGGACUUUCCUGCAGGAAGCGCUGAUGGAGAUGCCAUGGAGGCGGUGGUUUCUCAAGACUUAUUCUCAGUCCCGGGAGAGAUCGUGUUGGAGGGGACUCCAGAGGAACCUUGUCAAGCAGGCGAAGAAGCGCACAUCCGUUACCACAGCAACAGCAGUUGUAGCAGUACCUCGUCAUGCGUGCCCUCCGUGCGACGCUCGUUUAAGGCAUUUGGCCAUGCCGCAAACAGGGCUUCAGCAGGAGCACCGCGGGGGGAAGUAACAACAGUCGCAGGGACGCACGCCAAAGGAACAGCUAAGCUCUUCUGUCUACCAGACUUAAAAGAACCGCUGGAUUUAUUCGAUUCAGAGGAUCUAUUUUCAGAUAAAGUAUACUUGCUGGUGGCGGACAGCAACGACAACACCGGCAGGCUACUGCGUGCUGCGUCUCCUGUACCAGCAACUGCUGCAGCCGGAGCAGUGACGGCGUGGCUUUGGGUAGGAUCUGAGGCGGCACUAGACUCGCAGAAUGAUUAUGAAGCUGUCAAGGCCCAAGUUAUGGAUGCUUUCCAUCUCCAACCCGGACAGUUACAGCUUUCAGUGGAGGUCAGUGCGCUCGCCUCGCUGCUGCUGUUGCUGUUCGUGCCUAGAGACUGA